AUGGCUAUUUUUCAGCUCGCCUACCUAUCGACCGCAGGCUGUUGGUGGUUUCCGAAAGGAACCGUCAAAUCGGUCUACAUCAUGCCGAAGAAUAAGAAUUACGCAGUCGCGUUUAAGGCACGUGUUUGAGGGGGGAGGGGGGCCUAAAAAAAGUAUAAAAUCUUGACGUUUUCAGCGAAGUUUCGACACGGACACUUGUCCGGCGGGCGACGAUGCACCAAUGUUCGGAGUUGCAUCCUAUACGGUACUUUUGCGCCUACAAACUUUAAGAGAAACGCUCGAAAAGUGACACGUUUCCAGAUGACCACCACCUCGUCGGGAAGCUACACAGUGAGCCGUUUCAAGAAUCAUUUGGGCGAAGAGUUCUGGUACUUUGACAUGCAAUGUCAGGACGUUGGAUUCGUGUCGACGCGCGGUCUGUACGUGGCGUGCAUCGGCUCGCGCCUCUUUCCCGAUCCGUACUGCAGCGAUCGGAGCGCCGCAUUGUCGCUGUGCCGUGGCAACGGCGCCACCGGGCUCACUGGUCCGUAUAGUGCCGCCGAGGGCACGGUGCUCAGACGUGAGUAUGGGGCAGAGAUGUUGGGAAUUCCGUGUUCCGUGUUCCGCGUUUUUUUUCAAUAUUUUUUCCGUGUUCCGUGUUCCGUGUUCCGUAGAAAUAAGUUUUUUCCGUUUUCCGUGUUCCGUGUUCCGUAUAAACUAUAUUUUCCGCGGAAAAAUUCGAUCACAAAUUUUAUUUUUUUCAUCUACUUCCUCGGAAAGGGAGAGGCUUUUCAGCUUUUCUGGCUUGGUUUGCUCGCCUCGUAGAUUAAAUUUAUCUCCGGAAAGAUUAGGACAAUUGACGUUUUGUGGUCAAAAUUUGAAAAUUUUCGGAUUCGGACCAUAUUCGUGAAAAGUGGAUUCCAUUUUCAGUCGUUUUUUACUGUAGUUGUUUACUGUUGUGUUGUUGGUUUUGUUAUUUUUAUGAAAUUUUCAGUAAAACUUUCACAUGAGUCAAACAGCUGCCUUGUCAGUCAGAUAAUCGAAUUAAACAAAACUUAAAAAAAUUAAAUAAAAAUCACUGGAAUUCUCUUGAAAACGCUUUUUUCCGUGUUCCGUAAAAAAAAAUGUUCCGUUUUCCGUGUUCCGUGUUCCGCAGAGUAAAAUUUUUAUUUCCAACAUCUCUGGUAUGGGGUACUAGGACCCCUCGAUUUUGAACGUUCUUGAUGGCAUUCCCGAGCGUUUCAGUAGACUCCCAAAAAGCGCGAUCGAAUCUGCCGUCCUACGGCUACUACCAGUUCUGGGUGGACGGCAUCCGAACCGACGGCGGAGCCUACGCGACGACGGACGGCACUCUCAACGGCACCGCCGGCUACACGUACGUCAACGUCGUCUAUCCGACGCAAGAUCCGACGUGUCUCUGCCAGGACGUUGAUGUGGACGGUGUGCAGCCGAUAAAGUAGGUAUCGAGCGAGAAAUCGAGAGCGAGUGAAACGGGUGUUUAGCAGAGUUGAGCGUAAGAAUUUUUAUCUUUUUUAGAAAAUUUUUUCAUGAAAUGUGCACAACUGACGAAAUGUAUAGCAAAGUGAACUGUGCUCAUAGAAAAAUAAUUGUAAAUUUAGCUUUUCAUACAAAAAAGUUAUUCGUUCCGUCUUCCCCGUUAGCCCCUUUUUUCACGGAACAACUCGAAUAACGUUUUUGUAUGAAAAGCUAAAUUUACAAUUAUUUUUCUAUGAGCACAGUUCACUUUGCUAUACUGUUUAGCUGUACAAGCAUACACAGAGGGACGGAAACGUGCAGCCGAGGAGCAUUAUGCGUCUUCUCGCCCGUUCUUUCUUGA